AUGGCUCAUUCGCACGACUUGUCGCUCUUGCGGCGUUUGGUCGUCGAAGUGGUUGAGAAGGCAUGCCACCUUACAUCAAAGAUCCAGAAGAAGAUUCUGCAUGAGGAGGUCCUGAAAAAGGAAGACUUCUCACCUGUCACGAUUGCAGAUUUUGCCUCCCAAGCUCUGGUCGGUCACAUUCUCUACCAAGCCUUCCCCGACAUCCCUAUGGUGGGCGAGGAG